GAGGGGGAAAGGGAAUGGGAAAGGGAAUGGGAAAGGGAGGGGGAAAGGGAAUGGGAACGGGAGGGGGAAAGGGAAUGGGAAAGGGAGGGAGAAAGGGAGGGGGAAAGGGAAUGGGAAAGGGAGGGGGAAAGGGAGGGGGAAAGGGAGGGGGAAAGGGAGGGGGAAAGGGAGGGGGAAAGGGAGGGAGAAAGGGAGGGGGAAAGGGAGGGGAACGGGAGGGGGAAAGGGAGGGGAACGGGGGGGGAAGGGGAGGGGGAAGGGAGGGGAAAGGGAGGGGAAAGGGGGGAGGGAGGGGAGGGGGGAAAGGGAGGGGGAAACGGGAGGGGGAAAGGGAGGGGGAAGGGGGGGAACGGGGGGGGACGGGAGGGGGAACGGGAGGGGGAACGGGAGGGGGAAAUGGGAGGGGAAAAGGGAGGGGGAAAGGGAGGGGGAAAGGGAGGGGGAACGGGGGGGGACGGGGGGGAACGGGAGGGGAACGGGAGGGGGAAAGGAGGGGGAAAGGGAGGGGGAAGGGAGGGGGAAAGGGAGGGGGAACGGGAGGGGGAAAGGGAGGGGGAAAGGGAGGGGGAAAGGGAGGGGGAAAGGGAGGGGGAAAGGGAGGGGGAAGGGAGGGGGAAAGGGAGGGGGAACGGGAGGAGGAACGGGAGGGGGAACGGGAGGGGAACGGGAGGGGGAACGGGAGGGGAAAGGGAGGGGGAAAGGGAGGGGGACCGGGAGGGGGAAAGGGAGGGGGGACGGGGGAGGACGGGAGGGGAACGGGAGGGAACGGGAGGGGGAAGGCUGAUGGAGGAGACGAAUGAGAUGCGAGGCACGGUGAGUGAGAAGCAUA